UUGGAGAACUGACACCGUUUGUGCUCCGUCAACUUCGACUGUUCCGUCAAUCCAUUCCAAUUCACUUUUAUGUUUGUACGAUAGUUUUGUCCUUGGUCCUUCUUAUUCUACAAUUGAUCUUGUUUGAUGGUUGCAAACAUGUCGAGAUUCGGUUCCCUUCAAGUCCUCCCCCGACGUCUGCUUCGGCACUCGGGCCACCUCCGUGCUGGCCUUCAAGGUGCCCGAACCACAAUCAACAGAAGCUAUGCGACUGCCAGCGACCAACGGCCGUCCGAGUCAACUCAACCUAAGUUCGAUAACCGCGUGAAGAUUGUGGAAGUUGGCCCUCGUGAUGGACUGCAGAAUGAAAAAAAAUUGGUACCGCUGGCGACCAAGAUCGAGUUGAUCGAGAGGCUAGCAAAGACGGGACUCCAAGCCAUCGAGGCCGGCGCUUUUGUCUCGCCCAAGUGGGUGCCGCAGAUGGCCAACUCCUCCGAGAUCCUCGAACACCUCCUCAAGACCCCUCCGCCCUCCCCAGUCCCCCUAACCUUCUCCUUCCUGGCCCCCAACACUAAAGGUCUCGACUCCGCCCUCUCCCUCCUCGCUCAAUACCCCAAAGCCUUCGAGACGGAAACCGCUCGCUCGGGUAAAUCCGCCCAAGAAGGCGGCAAGCCGGCCCUCGAAAUCGCCGUCUUCGCCGCCGCCACCGAGUCCUUCUCCCAGAAGAACCUCAACUGCUCCAUCGACACUUCCCUGCAACGCUUCAAGGACGUCAUCCAGCAAGCGAAAUCCGCCAACCUGCGCGUGCGCGCUUACAUCUCCGUCGUCCUCGGCUGCCCCUUUGAAGGCUACGACGUCGACCCCCACCGCGUCGCCACCAUCGCCACAACCUUGCUAGAAAUGGGCGCGGACGAGAUUUCCCUCGGCGACACCACGGGCAUGGGCACCGCCCCCCGCACCAAGGUGCUGCUGGACUGCCUGUCGUCGGCGGGAAUCCGCAACGAGGACCUGGCGAUGCAUUUCCACGAUACCUACGGGCAGGCGCUGGUCAACACGGCGGUGGCGCUGGAGCACGGGAUCCGGACGUUUGAUAGCAGUGUGGGCGGGCUGGGCGGGUGUCCGUACAGUCCCGGGGCGACGGGGAACGUGGCGACAGAGAAUGUGGUGUAUUUCAUGGAGAGUCUGGGGAUGGAUACGGGCGUGGAUCUGGAUCGGGUGGCGGAUAUCGGGGAUUGGAUUACGAGGGAGAUUGGGAAGGCGAAUGAUAGUGUGGUGGGCAAGGCGGUGUUGGGUGCGAGGAAGAGGGAGAGGAAGGAGGAUGUGGAUGAUGCUGAGGCUCCUAUGACGUGAAACAAGGCACGAUGAGGGUUAUGAUGUAUAUAUCGGUUAUGAAGUGUAUGUAUUGUAUGUAUAGUUUGGUAAUGGAAUCGGAGUUGGGUGGUUUGAACGUUGAGGUGCGAAAGUUUGCUCUGCUGAGAUGACAUUGUACAUCCGCUCAAUCUUUCUGGGGAGAUCGACGUUGAAGAGCUCCCGAAGCGACGAGCAACUCCUGUGGCUGAAGGAAGGCUGGUAAGUGUUGCAGAGCUAAACGAAUUUGGGUUCUCCGGGAGAGGCCUCGUCAAACCGGGAAAGAAUAACAACGCAACUCCUUUACAAUUGGUACGACUGGCCGGUGAUGGUAGCGGUGGAGGAUUGUUAUGAAC